CCUAGUCUCUCUCUCUCUCUCUCUCUCUCUCUCUCUCUCCCACACACACACACACACACAUUGCAUCCCUACAAACAUGUCUUCCUCACAAUUCACGUCCACCCUUUACCUCCUUUCCUUCACUCUCCUCCUGCAAAUUGCCUUUGGAACCAACCCCCUCUUCCAUUUCUGUUCAAGUUCGGGGAAUUUCGCUGCGAACGGCCCUUACGAAGCAAACUUGAACAUACUCAUGAGCUAUCUCUACUUGACAGCUCCUCUGACCGGGUUUGGUUCUGGCUCAGUAGGACCGAGCCACGACCAAGCCAAUGGCCUAGCUCUUUGCCGAGGUGACGUCAAUACCACAGACUGCCGGUCCUGCCUUGCCGAAGCAGGGAGCGAGAUUCGGACACUCUGUCCUAACGACGAAGGAGCAAUUAUAUGGUACGACGAAUGUGAAUUGAAGUACUCGAACCUUAACUUCUUUGGAAAAAUCGACAACCAGAACAAGUUUUACAUGUGGAAUUUGAAAAAUGUGAGUGAUCCAAUUUAUUUCAAUAAAAAGACCAUAGAGUUGUUGAGAAAGCUAGCGGAAGAAGCUUAUGGUAGUCCGAAAAUGUAUGCUUCGGGAGAGCUGAUGAUUGGGGAACAUAAGAAGCUUUAUGGGUUGGUCCAGUGCACAAGAGAUCUUUCCAGCAUCGAUUGUGGAAAGUGUAUUGAUGAGGCUAUUAGUGAGCUUCCGAGCUGUUGUGACGGAAAAGAAGGAGGGAGGGUCGUGGGCGGGAGCUGCAAUGUGCGUUACGAGAUUUACCCUUUUGUUAAUAAUGCCUAGAGAGAACGCAUCAUUGUUUUUAGGGUUGUUGUUUUGUUAAGGUUUGUGGAGUUGACGAAUAACUAAGGAGGUGUAUGUUUUGUUGUAUAAAUUGUGGGAGUUCAAGGAGGUGUUGUUUUGAAAAUGUACUUUGUUUUUGUUUUUUCGCUACUUCAGAAAUUUGCAUUAAUGCUUAUUCAUUUGGGGGCUUUAAAACUCAUUCGCACGGUUCCCAAUA